GACGUCGCCGUCGUCGCAGACAGGCAAAGGCCGCGCCGCGCCGAGCAGCGUCGUCGGGGUCUUCGCUACCUGCUCCGACUCGACGUCCGCAAGUCCCCGGCGCCUUGUCGCUGUCCGUCGUCCUGUCCGAGGCCUUGUCCGAGGCCAUGCUGAUGCAGAUGUCGCGCGCCGCGUCGCCGGCCUGCGACAACGACCCGCUGUACACGUUCGUCACAGUCCUGGCCACCGUCAUCAACAGCCGCCUGCAGGCCGAGCGCACGGCCAGGGCGCAGGAGCAGCCCGGCCCGGACGACGACGUCGCCGACGUGGUGGUGGUGGGCGGCGGCUCGGCGGGGUGCAUCGUGGCGGCCAGGCUGUCCGAGGACCCCCGCGUGCGCGUCACGCUGCUGGAGAGGGGCGGCACGGAGCCGCCGGAGGCGCGCGUGCCGGCCUUCCUGUCGUACCUCACGGCGCGCGCCAACGUCAUGGAGUUCCUCCAGGCUCAGCCGGAGAAGGGCAACUGCAACGGCACGGGGUGCGUCUUCCCGCUGCCCAGCCUGCUCAGUGGGGGCGGCGGCGUCAACGGCAUGCUGUACGUCCGCGGCAGCUCCGUGGACUACGACGACUGGGCGGAGCAGGUGGGCGACCUCUCCUGGGGCUAUUCCAGCGUGCUGCGCUACUUCAAGCGGGCCGAGAGGAACCUGGACAAAAUCAUCGCGUUGGACAGGAGGUUCCACGGGAGGCGCGGCCGGCAGCCCGUGUCGUGGCACCCGUACCGCGGCCCCGUGCUGCAGCGCCUGGCCGACGCCUUCCAGGCCGCGGGGCUGCCCUUCCGACGCGACGUGAACGCGCGCGGCCAGCUCGGCUACAGCGUGGUGCAGACCACCACGCAGGGCGGCGAGCGCGUCAGCAGCUUCAGGGCGUACCUGGGGCCCGCCCUGCGGCGCCGCAACCUGCGCGUCGUCACCUACGCCACCGUCACCAGGGUGCUGGUGGAGCCCACCGCCAACACCGAGGGCGACGCGCUGCCCCGCGCCACCGGCGUGGAGUACAUGGACGCGGCGGGCAGGUUGCGCGUCGUGAAGGCGGAGAAGGAGGUGGUGCUGACGGCGGGGGCUCUGAACACGCCCAAGAUCCUGCUGCUGUCCGGGAUCGGCCCGGCCGAGCACCUCAAGGCCUUUAACAUCUCGUUGAUGGCCGACCUGCCCGUGGGCCAGGGUCUGCAGGACCAGAGCCGGGCCGGCGGGCUGGUGUUCGACUGCGACGCGUCGCUGUGCGUCUCGGACUGGGAGCACCGCGUCGACGACCUCGAGGAGUACGACCGGCACCGCAACGGCACACUGUCCGCCACGCCGGGGCAGAUCACCGCCUUCGUGCGGACCGGCGUGGACCCGCCGCCGCCGCUGGGGCGCGGCCGGCCGGCCAAGCAGCCCGACCUGCAGAUCAUGGUCAGCGGGUCGCGCAACGACCCCAACGGGUGCGUGGUGCUGGACCGCUGGCGCUCCAACCGCUUCACCUUCAUGCCGGCCGUGCUGCACCCGCGCAGUCGCGGCGAGGUGCGCCUGCGCUCGUCCGACCCGCUGCAGCCGCCGCUGGUCCGCUUCGGCUUCUUCUCGGACGACGGCAACCGGGACCUGGCCGUGUACAAGGAGGGGCUCAAGCUGGUCCUGGCCAUGGAGCCCAGGCUGGCCGAGCGCGGCUUCACCCUGAACCGGGACCCCGGCCAGGCACCAGCGUGCGCCGGGCUCCCCUUCGGCUCGGACGCGUGGCAGGACUGCCUGGCGCGCACCACCACGGGCACCACGUGGCACUACGCGGCCUCCUGCCGCAUGGGCCGCGACGGCGACGCGGGCGCCGUGCUGGACACGGGUCUGCGCGUGCGCGGCGUGCAGGGACUGCGGGUGGCGGACGCCUCGGCCAUGCCCAGCACCACGAGCGGCAACACCAACGCCCCCGUCAUGAUGGUGGCGGAGCGCGCCGCCGACCUCAUCAAGAAGGACCACGGCUUCGGCGGCAAGCCCUGCGCCGACGACCGCAGUCCUGGGGACAGCGGCCCUAGCGACUCGGAAGACAGCGGCCCUGAGGACGGCAGUGCUUAGGGCAGCAGCCUUGAGCCUUUAGGACUACAGCCACAAACACAGAGGCUUGAAAUCAAAAAUGGGUCUGGGUCCACUGCGACGCGGGCCAGAGUCCUCUCUCCUCACCCGCUCCGCUCCACCCGGACUGCUGCUUCACCUCCCCGCCGACCGCCCCUGCCGCCACUGCUGCUGGAGACCUCGUCCGCGACUGGAGCUGGCCCCGGUCGGCGGCAGCCUGGCAAUCAGGAGCAAAGAGCAGCACCCCGUCGUGGAAAACUCGCUGGCGGUAUUGAUGAGCGCACUGAAUUGUGGAUGGGCCAAUGAUGGGGCCGUGGCGCGUCGAUACGGGGCGCUGCAGAUUUGAUGGGGCUCAACGGACAAAACAGAAAGAACGCCCUCCGGCACGGCGGGUCACGUAAUCCAAUCAAUUAGGCGUAUCUUGCUGCCUCGCGCUUUCCGCCACCUGGGUAUUGCUCCGCCGGGCACCGCCAGGCAACGCCGUUCGACUCAUCCACGCCAACCCGUUGCCGAGACGCAGCCUGGACGCGGUCCGCUAGGAUGAGCGAGAUGGUGCCCGAAGGGGUGAGGAGGAAAAUCAGGGGAAAAUCGCAUUUGUCCACACAAAAAUGUUCUCAUGUAAACCAGCAUAACUACGUCAAAAAAUACAAUGCGCACAGUACUUUAAA